GACGUUUCGUAGCACGUCGAGCAAAUGUUGAGUAAAUGUUUCAACUCGUUAUCUGAGAACAUGGAGAUGUCAGUUUCACGCUGUAUUUAAUGUUCCUAUACAACUGAUGCUGAAAUUUGUUCUUUGAUUGAUGAGCAAGAAAUAAAGAUUAAGUACAAUUAAUCCCUAUUGACUCAAUCAUGGAUGAGACCAAGUUUGUUUUGCUCCGCGACAUUACGCGGGACAGCAGCACUGGUCUAUGGAGUUUCGAACUGAAACUCUCGUAUCAGAAAGCCUACCUGAUACGAGCUCGCGAAGGUCACCGCCUAUACGUCUUGCACAAGAUAAGCGGCUGUAAAUUGUUAUGGUGACUCGUAGUCAAGCUAAACCUUACAGACUUUCCUUAGUUGUCCAAGAUGUCAGCUUUCAUAAUCCACGAUGGACGGCGACGACUGUGGUUUGCGUGGAGAAGGGAAAGAAUCCGAGUGUCACCUUGCUCUCAAGUACAUUACUUUUAUGGCCCAGAGGAUAAGGACUUCAUUGGCCACUGAGAGCGGGCUGUCACUGACAUCGAAGAUGAGCCAGCACCAUGAGAGAACAGGGUAAAUAAACUCAGGGAACUACAGAGUAGGAUCAUCCUAGUAGGAUGAUCAUGGAGUCACCACUACUUCUCUACAGGAGAGUUAGUGACCACUGCUGAGUCCCUCCGACCUUUAACACUCGUAUCUGCAAACGUGAGGAAAGCGCUUUUGAAGCGAAGCACAUGCAUCAGGCGUUUGCAGGCGCCAUGCGGAGACAGAGGCGCGCUGGGACUCUCAUUACGGGUAGGUUAAAGGUGUUUCCCCUGUUAUAGCGUUUGCUUUGCUUCUGCUAAGGGAGAAAGGCACAACAAACGGGAAACAGAAACACCAAAACCAUGCCUCUAAUCUCAAACUGGGCGGAACGAUGGAAGAGCAGUGGAUGGAAAAGUUCUUCAAGUAUCCUGGUUUCGAGGUGACCAUGGAAUUAGAUCACGACGAUCUCACUUUGCUUACGAAUUGUGGUAGAAUGGUGUUUGGUAUAAAUAAUUGAAGAUGAUUAUGAUCUUUUAGGGUCUUCAACUACUUUUAUAUAUUCAUUGUUGGUGUUUUCGUUCCAGGACCAGGACAACGAUUUCUCUUGAAUUUUUUAAGUUUAAGUUGUGAGUAGGAGCACCUAGUGUACCAGACAACUGGUAAAUCUAUACUGAACUCUGUUGUGAGUAGGAGCACCUAGUGUACCAGACAAGUGGUAAAAAAAUGUAUACUGAACUCUGUAUCUUCUAGCAGAAGCAACAAACUGGAAAUCUCAGUUUUUGCCUUUUUCAUAUUGUUGCCUCUACCUGCUUUCGAAGUAGGAGGAAUUAUUGGGCCCCUUGGAGCAAACCUUUUAUGGCUGUCAAGGAACAUUAUACUUCUAUAUUGCUUACUAGUAUGUAUAUUUAGCUACAUAAGGAGUAGAACCAUAAGUAGGAUGAAGUACUAAAGCUUUGGCCGCAACAAUGCAAGAUGAAGAUAAGUAAGUACCUAAGUUGUUGAGUUAAAGUUAAUGGGUACACUACUACUACUACUACUACUACUACUACUACUACUACUACUACUACUACUACUACUACUACUACUACUACUACUACUACUACUACUACUACUACUACUACUACUACUACUACUACUACUACUACUACUACUACUACUACUGCUACUACUCCUACUACUAGGUAGCAUAAAGCACAACUCGAACUAAAAGUUGCUCCCUUCUUCGUCUUCGCUUGCUUCACCAAUGUUUCGGAGUAUAAGAGUAUUGGAAUAUGACUUUCAUCUGCACUCUCACUUGCUCUAAUGUCUCGGAGUUUCGAGCGAAGACACGAAUGCAUCGUCUUCUUCAACGUUCCACCGGGAAGCAAUGCGGCAUCGUCCUUUCAUUGCAUAGAGUGUAGUACUAAUAUUACGGCUUCUACUGUUGGAGUUGAUAUUAACUUUUCAUCAUUUGCUCUUCUUUUCUUUCUAAGAGUAGAUAGGUACUACGUUACUUCAUUUUUUCGUUCGUUUCUGUUUUUGCAUAGGGCUUGACUGGACAAGUACGAACUUUUGAUCAUUGAUUUUCUUAGCAGGGUGACUGAACCAACGAAGCCAGGAGUUCCAAGGAGGCGUCUCACUGGAUCGAUGAUGAGGAAGUAGCUUGAAGAUUCCCCCUGUCUAAGAAAAGCGCAGAAUGUUGCUCGCUUCCACCGAAAGAGCUCGCGCAGUUGUGCAAACAGAAUCUUAAGGUUACUACAUCAAGUAGCAUGGAUACCACCAAGUGCCUCACAUAAUCAAAGUGUGAAUAGUUACUUCCAUAGAUUCCUGGAGAUGCAACUUUAUAGUGUUAGCCCUUAAUCAUAAUCCUUGCUCGUAGACUAAUAGAGCUUCUUGAGACAAUGUUUGAAUCGACAAGUUAAAAAUGUUUACACACAACGAACGGAUGCCCUAAACCUGGAAGAAAAUGCCCUACAAGCCUGGAGUUUUUCUAAAGAUUUCGAUGAAAUCUCUAGAAAAGUCCUGACUUUUUUUACCCUUUUUUUCCAAAAAAGUGUAGAAUUCUGCUACAGACCCAGGACUUCUCAUGUGUCUACUUUUGUAGUUUGUCCAUUGAUAAGACAGCGUGGCGCUGAUUCUUGAUCCCCUUUCCCCAAUGGCCUCACUCUAUCAGUGUGCUUCUUCUACCCCACUCUAUAGCAGUUGUUGUACUCUAAAAAUAGACACCGCACGGAGACGUUAGUGAUUUUUGGUACACCUGCGAACCGUCGAAGAGCAGAGCUAAGUCUCCUAGCUUCCUUAGCCUCUACUCAGAGCGGAAACUAUUUCGAGGAGAACAAAGAUCUGAUUUUGAGUUAUGGUCGGCUUUUAUCCAUCUCUUUUUCAGCAUCUCGAUUAUGCCCUUUGUUUUUUUUAGGCUCCUCUAAUACUAAUUAGAGCAAGAAGGAGACGCUUAGACCAGGAUUUUUCUCGUUGCAUUUAUUUUUUAUUCUAUGCGACCUAGAUAGCACAUAACAAGUCCCGAUAUUCUGACUGGCAUUCUUGAUCAGCUUCAGCACGUCGAACAGCAGCAGCCCUCACCCAAAAUAGUUGAAAAGGUGGGCUUUCGACUUCGUGCAACUUCUAUGUAUAGGCGCCCCUAAUUAGAGCAAGAAGGAGACCUGAAAACAAGCUGCGUACAAUUGGCGGACGACGAGCAUAGAAUUCUUGCACGGCCAGAAAUCGAGUUAAGGCUCAUGAUAAUUCAUCUCCUUCUCCACAGAUUUGCAAACCUGCCUCCGUCAGUGUAUUUGGAUUCUGCGACUAUGCUCUACUUCGAAUAUCACUAUGAAUUGUAUUCUGAGUUCUAAUCAAGAGACAAAUUGGACUUGCCAGCGGCUGUAUAUUGGCAAAUAUCAAGAAGUUGUUACUAGCUUCCGGUACAGAGGAGGAUUUGCAACGGUUUCGACAGUACACAAAACUCGUAUUGAAAGCAAGGUUGGCGAGUCCGAGGACUGGAGUUAUGGCUAAGUACAUGCAUUACUAAUCCUCGGUGCCUUACCACCGUAGAUUUCUGCACUACUAUCUACAUUAUAGUGCAGCUACGUUGUAGUCAUGUAGAUAGUUGCAAUUCGAGUUGCAACAAGGCUGCUUACUUAUCUGAGUAUUUUUUUCAUCCUAGUAGAAGCCCUUUUUUUAGCAUCAUGUUCGUCCAGAUAAACAAUAAACUUCUGGGACACUGAGCCACUUCUAACACAAGCCGAGAUCACCAGACGGCGUUAAGCCUUUCAGUCGUCGAUGAGGUUCUUACGAGAACUGACGCUACCGCGAUUGAGGUGCCUCACGAUCGUGGCUCGUGGAAAGACUAUUUUAAGACUCGUCACUUUUACUAUCUCGUUUUCGGGUGUGUGAGUUAAAAAUUAUCAGUGGCUUCCUUCCCCUUGGAAAUCUGUCAAGGGAAAUGAUUGAAGGGAGAGAGGGACAGAGAGGCAACUCACACUCACAUUCACUAAACCACGGACGCUAGAUAGUGAUUGAUGACAUUGACUGGCGUUAAUCAUUGCGCGAUUAUGUGUAGCGUUGAAGGGGCGUUUCCAGUGCUGUGUUUUGGCAUACGGGACACGGACAUGAGUGAUGGGGUCAAUGGAGGUGAAGUCGAGAAGUCAGAUGCAACUUCUGGUAAUAUUCAUGCUUGAUAUCUACGCCGUGUAUGUGUCACUUUUCACUCCAUUGUGUGGCAAUAUCAAAAGACGAACCUGUCAGUUGUUUCAUUACGCUCAAGCAAUAAGAAUUGAUGCUGUGCUACCUUUUCGAGGUAGCCAGCGAGAGAGCUAGAGCCUGGAAAGGUGCUGGGCUUGGCUUGCCCAUGGGCGACGCCAAUGAGCCCGCUGGAAAGGCUCGAGCGUGCCGGACGAGUUGUUAGCCAAGUUCAGUGGGCGGUUUCCCAAACAAUUGGCGCCACCGCCGCGACAAUGCCUCUCCUGCUCCCCUUUCGUCGUUGGCGUCGCCGCCUACCGAAAAAGAAGCGGGACAACAAAGAGCAAAACACAGCGAAGACGCUAGCGACCUGCCUGCGGACUCUCUUGCGUGUCCCGUGCCAAGUCUCCCCCCGGGCGCUGCUCUUUCGUGCAUGCGCCGGGGCCAGCGUGGUGGGGGAGCUUGCGGGGGCACUUUGCUGGUUGUUCUGCGCGGCGCCGUUUUCGUUCGCUUUGUUUUUGGCGGUGUGGACGCUUUAGCGACGGGGGUCCCUCGCGGGAGCGUGCGCGCUUUACUCCUCGGGCUGGUGAUGUGAGUCGGUCACAGCGACACGGGUGGCAGUAGGCUGCUCGUUGCCGGCGACGCUCGCGCAGGUGUCUGUAACUGUUCGCGUGAAGCAUCGCCCAGAGGUAGCACAGGCACGCAGCGCAUGGCCCCACGGGAUGCAGUGAACUAGCUGAGGACGGGCGGGGCCGUCGUGUCGUGGUCGGUAGAGCGCCGGCCGGGCGCCACGAAAGAGCAGCGCGCAGCCCUGAGUCUACGGCAGGCUACUGGCGGGCCUUAUGGGCGAGCGGAUGCGUGUGGUUUUGUGUGGCUUUCAGGUCGAAUGGAGGGGGGCAACCAUCUGGAAACGCCUUGCGCGCCAAGACUAAUGGCGGCCGCUGUAGGCGUGUGGUAGGUCUGUUCAUUCACGUAGAGGAAACACGAUGGCGCACGCGAUCCAGCUGCUCUGCUGUAGAUCUUAGCGCGUUAGACACUUAUGAGGGGGCUGCUUUGUUUUGGGGCGCCAGGGAGUUCGCCCCUUCGACAAGCUUGCUGCUGCAGGCAUGUCAGAUGCCACCUAAAUGCCGAGCAGCCCGCCAGGCUUGAGGCGCCUGAGUUGCCAAAAAGAAGCAGAGCGAGGCGAGGCGUCCGCAAGCUCUUGCGGCAGUGCUUCCAUUUUCCACCUAUCUAAUCUGGGGCUGUGUGUGUGGCGUCGGUCGGUGAGGAUAAUUGUCAAUGCCCGAGCAUCAGUCUGCGCGACAGUACGCCCGACGAGCUUUGUCUUAUCGCUUUUCACGGGCCCAGCGUCUGACAAUCGCGAAACCUCACGCAGGAACUCGGAGCUACGCUGAAGAGAAAGCACAAGGAGAAGGAGAAAAAGAAAGCCACGCUCACGCCUAACAAGAGAAGCGCAGCGCGUGUACAACCAGAGGACAACAGCAACAGCAGCCGCAGCAGCAUUUCCUCGGAAAGUUCUACUUCUGAUUCUUCUCCUGAAGAUGAAGAACCAGAACCAAAAGCCAAACGCGCACAGCACGAGAAGACAAGCAAAAAAGAGGAGGAAAGAGCUGGCGCGGGCCUCUUGUCGAGCUCAGAAGAACGCUAAAGCGCACGGGACGGGGUGAAGAAAAGAAGACGACUAAAGUGAAGAAGGCGAAACUAGAAGGCAGUAAAAGUAAAAGAAAUAAAGACGGCCCAAGCAAAGAAAGUUAAAACAGAAAGAACGUAGAGCAAGACUUGUUUAAAAGAAAAAAGCUAGCACUAGUUUGCAUUCGGGUUAGAAGUUGUAUCUCAUCUAGCAUAUGUAAACCGCAUGCAGAUUCGUUUUUUUUUGACUUUUUUUUUUCUUGGGUUGCUGGGAUGUCAAUGCCCAGAUCCCGGGUACAAACGUAAGAACAAAGCAACUAGAUCGCCAGGAGGAUAGUGAUGAAGAUCAUGGUCACAACUAGGAUAGUGAUCAAGAUCGUAGUCACCUUUAGGAUCAUGAUCAUCAACAACGAACAGCACAACGAUCAAACCACUACCACCAUUAGGAUCAUGAUCACACUAAUAGGCUGACUAACUUACUAAACUAAGCAACUACUAUGACCACACAAGAAGACAACAACAAGGAGCAAAAACCAUAAUCAUGAUUCUCAUCCUGAUAUGAGUGGCCGGCCAUUUGGGCUAUUGCAUAAAACAAAGGCAACCACGCUACUGCCGUGAUAUGAGAACGAUUGCGCUUUAAGGGUGCCACUGUGUUCGCCACUUCAUAUAAAAUAACUUAAACAAUGAGGCCCGCGGCUGCCACGAUGUGGCUGGCGUGGGGCCUCUUCGCUUUGUGCUGGCAACGGAAGGCGCAGAUGAAAGUUGCCGGCGGCAUUCUGUUGAACUGGGGGGGUGCACCGCUGUCCCCUUCGUUCUUCGCUGGGGGAGCGGCGUAGGCCUUGCCUCCCUCGGUCUUCGCUGAUGCCGCAUGUUGCAGCGUGUGUCUAAGUGCUGUCUUUGGAAGGCUACUCCGACUCCGUGGAGAGUCUUAGAUAUAAUAAAUAUAUAUGGAACUUCAUCAUCAAUAUCAUCUACUCUAUCUUCUACUUCGUUCACUCACAGCUCCUCCGACACAUGUCGCAGUGUAUGGCUCGGAGACCGCGCGACGCAGGGCCUGUCUCCGGUUGCAGGGAUUUAUAGAAAGCAGGAUCUCUGCCGAUUUUUACUCACAUCAGUGGGACACUUCUAUUGAUAUAGAGGCUGAAGAAGCGCAAGAGUUAUGUUCGGAUCUUUAGAGAUCGAUGGACGAAGCACUUCUUUGAUGAACGCAGAUGACGCGUCAUUUGGUGAGUAGUUAGAUUUCUAAAACGACAAGAAGACGAGGAGCAGACUGAAACCAGCGCCAAAAGCGAGUGGGGCUGCAAUGUUCGCAUUGUAGAGAAGGCUAGAUUUUUCAAGAACUAUAAAGCUCUUGAGGUUCUUUGCGCUGCAUCGGGAUGUGAAGUCCAAUUAUGAAACGAAACUGUAAAAAAGGACUAAGGAGGCCAUACUUACUUAUGCAAGUAUGUACGUAGAAGUUGUACAUCAAAAGGUUUAGGUUGAAAAGUAGAACAACUGCUAGGUUGAAAAGUAGAACAACUGCUACACUUUUUCCUUCUUGUUGUCAGAUUGUCUUAAACCGGUAAGUUCCAAUUUUCCAUCGUGCUCGUCUUAUUCCUCUCACGGAAAGAAUCCUUAUCAACGUCUAAAUCAUCUUUUUGCGGAUCGCAAGCUUGUGCUAGGUGGUUCACGAGCACAGCGAAAAGCAGCUUCGCGGUAUGUAGACUGGUAUAUCAAAGCCUGUGCCGCAGAUGAACGGGAAAGCACACUCUUGAACGUGGAUACCAAAGGUACUUGUGCUAUAGUGCUAUUAGUGCUGUAAGGAUGGUAGUCUUAGUGUCUGAGGGGGCAAGUUGAACUUGGUUUAUCUUGGUUUCUUACAGCAUGCUUCGAUAAAGAAUGAAGUUCCGAGUCCAACACUUUGUUUCAUGUGAUGCUUGAAAAGAAGUAAGUACUUCUUCUAAACUCGUCAAAAAACACACAGCAGGUCAUGACGACGUUUUAGUGCUUGACGGAUUAAACAUCGAAGAUGCGUUGUGCCGGAAAGUGGAACGCAAUUCGGGUUGUCUUAUUAUACGCGGAUAUCCCAAAACUAAAUCGUCGAAGAAGAAUGGAAAUAAUUGUAGCAGUGCUGAGGAACAACAUGGAGCACAAGGAUCAAAAGAGAAGCCACCGGAAAUGGUGUGUUAAGGCCAUUUAGAAUUAGAUAACUAUUUAACACUUAACACAGUAAUUUCAAUUUAUUUUUUGGUUGGUCAUCUGUGAGAACUCCUGCUGCAGAAGAACGCCUGUAUUAAUAAUACAGUCCUGUCAUGCUUUUGUUUAUGAUGUCCUCUACUUCUUACAUAACCUCCACGCCCUUACACUUAUACGACAACAUCACAACGUGCUUCCACUUAGAUACACGACGUCUCUAAGUUUGCAAGAAAGAAGCCGAGCGGCUAGGACUGGGCUCGCCCUGCGUGUACAUCUUCUCCCAGGAGGAAGGGCAUCUUUUCGGAGGAGAAGGAAGGAAUCGAGCGUGGCAAAUGCUGCUUGAAUCGUGUCUGCAAGAUGGUUCCAGUUCUCGGAAAGGACGUGGUAUGAAGCCAAAAUCUCUUAUCAUUCUCAAGUUUCUCUUUCUCCAGGAGACAUGAAAAGGGCACUAAAAAAAAUGAUAAUGGAUGUUAGUUUGUUUCAUGCGUGGUGACACGGGAGGACCAAAAAAGCAUGGGAGCACCAAGUAUAGGCCUAGGUCAAGGGAGGGCAGAUCCCGCAGUCCUCCGCGCAGAAUUGAGUCCUCACGACAUGGAGGUGGUGCAUCUUUUAAGGCAGCUCCUGAAUCGGUUUCUUAUUUAGAAACCUACGAAUAUUAGAAAGGUAGACUCAUGCUCGGAAUUCCCGGCCCCUCUGUCACGCUUACCAGUUACUUAUUUGGGAUCAUCUAGUUGUAGUUGGUAAGUUUAUUUGAAUCUUCCAGAAUUUGUAGGUGUCACAAAAAAAAAUGGAUUUUUUUGAAUGAACUUGCCAAACAAGGAAAACACACACUUCCUAAGUCAUGUUCAUGGCCAUGAGGGGUCGCUAGAUAAAGUAGUCCAAACCCACAGGGUUUGUAAGAGUAUAACGACAAACUCCUAAUCCUAUGUUCAAGUCGAUCCUAUCUAAAAUUCCAAAGGACCGGUCGAAGUCGAAGAGGGAAAGGUCGCGGGAACAGGCUAGGAAUACUGGGAGAGGCAGCGGCAGGACUAACCAAAUGCUUAAGGCCACGUUGUCAGGAUACUGUGAUUCCGGUGACAGGAUACUGAACUUCUAGACACUUUGAUAGACCGAAUGAGGUGCUUACGCCAUCGAAUGAAUCAUGCUGAGAGCUUCGCCUGGCCCUUAAUCUUAAAAGGGUCUGCUUAGUUUCCCUCCUUCUCGUCGCUAAGAAACAUCCAUCUUCAAAAGUUCACAUGCAAGACCCAAACACUCUGUCCGAUAAUCGUUCAAACACUCGUCUAACAUUUCUACCACGUCAAGCAGCUUUGGGCACGCGCCGCGUGAAGAUAGAGCCCUUCUACUUUCCAGACUCGAAGAAGAGUCCCGAAGUAAGGCAGCAGAGAUAGAAUAUCUCCGCAGCCUGGUCUUCCCGUCCGGUGGUGCAGCGCAUAGUCUAGCUUUAGGUCCCGCGACGCUUAAAGCAUUAUAAGUAAAACAGCUACCGGCUAGUUUUCACCUCUGAAAUUCUAAGUUGAUCCCAUGCAGCAAUAGUCUAGCUUUGUUUCAUUAUCAUCAUCAUGUAUCCUAGGUCAGUCCCUCAAUGAUCCGCUGUAGAUGUUAUAGUCCAAGGUGUGUAUGUAGGAUUACAGUAGCAAUCAUGUAGAGCUCAAGAAGUUGUAUUUGAAAGAAGUGUAUUAUUUAUAGUCCUUUGUUCUGACGAGUUCUUAAUGUUCCUCUUUCUUCGUUUUGCGCAGUUGUGGGGCCGCGAAAGUAAGACGCCAUGAGGCGUUUUGUCUCCAAGGACAUAACUACAAGGGCCGUGGCAGCUCUUCUAAUAAACCUGCUAGGCGGCGCGAGUUGUAUGUCUCCGCUGGGAUUGCAAUCAGAUGGCACUUCGUCCCUCCUUACUCGUAACGGCGCUUCGACGUCACCCUUGGACGAGUACUAUCGAGGCCUGCUGCGCUUGCAGCUACUUGCUAUGAAGGCUAUUCGUGGUUGUUCUUUGGUCUUUCUCUUAAUACAGAACAGGUGACUGAUCAUAGGUGUGUGGAGUAUUUUUCACGUCGUCAUACUGGUCCUUUCAAAUUUUAUGCACUUUUGUGACCAAUAUGACGCUCUUAUCAGCGAGAGCUUUUGCUUUUCUCUAAUAUGAGAAGUGGCGGCCUCACGUCGGGUGGCCUUGGACCUUUUGGCGCGGCAGCUCUUGGCCCCUUCGGUGGAACAGGUGGUCUAGGUUCCUAUCGCGGUGGUCUCAAUUCAUCGAACACUCCUGGCCUCGGGGAUCAUUUCGGUACUUCUGCCUGAUUGAGUUAGUUGUAAUUACGUACUUAGCUGUAGGCGCACCCGCUGGGAGUGGGAUAAAUAUUGAAGAGUCGUUCGACGUUGAAAGCGAGCGAGGACGCCCGAAAAAAGUGCCAGGCUUGACGAAUGGGCACGGCUGUUCUGCGUGGCGACGCGGGUGGGGCGGCGUAUGGGUCGGCGGAUGGAAGCGCCGCUGGCGGGGUCGUGUGGCACCUCGAACGACAGGCACGGCGCCGGCUGGUAACCUUGUAGCUGCCGCGAGAGGAAAAUGGUGCCGGCAUCUUGGAAAAAGGGUCGAAAGGCUUCGCGGCUGCGCUCCAAAUAUCGGCGACGGGCGUGCGAUUCGUCUUCCUUGCGGCCGCCGCUGUUUCACUUGUUUGGGGGGGUAUGGCUGGAGGCGCGUCCCUUUCGCUAGAAGAAGGGGCCUCGCGCCAAGACCUGGGGCGGGCUGCUGCUAUCUUCAAGACGUAGGCAAAACAAGCGCGGAAGCAUUGCGAAGGACUUCGCGUGCGUGGCAGCUUUUCGGCAGUGAGGUGGCUGGCCUCUUUGUUUCGUGCGUGCUGUCAAGAGAAGAGUCGCGACGCACAGUGUGUGGCGACAGCCAACGAAGCUCCACCAGGUUCAUGAAAAUGAUGCGGAAGCAUGCUAAAGGCUGAAACAAACGCAAAGGAGCCAAUGACAAGCCGCCGCAGUUUCUCACCUGUGGCCCAGCGCAAUCGGCUGCGGGGUGUAGUACGCGAACAAGACCGCGGGCCAGUAUCUAGAACGCUUGCGCGCAGUGUCGUCAUGUAGGAAGAUAGCUGAGGGGGCGGGUGGCUCUCUUUCUUACAUUGCCGGCUUGGGUUGGCUCCCUUGUCAGUUUUGGACUCUUUUGGGCUUCGUUUGGGCGGCUUCUUGGUGGGUCUCUCUCUGGCUUGGGAUAGCCUUCAUUUUCUUCUCCCUUUUUCUUGCUCUUUUCUUUCCUAUUUCUAAUCAGCGGCCUUUUCUUAUAAAUAGAAAUGCAAAUGCGUAUCUUAUCGCCCUUCGUUCUUUCUUUUCAUUUCUCGCACUUGCUUAUUGCUUAAAGAACUGCGCUCGACUCUACAUGAACUCAAAAUCUCUCUACACAACCUAGUAAAAAUAGCUCGUACAACCUUCUUAGUGUAACUAAGAAGUACAAGAAUCCUUCGUGAUUAAGUACAACAGAAGCAAUGUUAAAAGUGACGACUUGAUGAUUACAGGUCUAAGCCUAGGAUCGCAAAAUUUUGGGAACAAGCGACCUCGCGGAUUGCCGACACCACAAGCAAAUGAUCACGCUUUUGGCCUUCCACUUGUUAUGGCUUCGGUGCUAUGUAGGUUAGCGUUGGCUCAGGUUGUAGAAGCAUGUCCUCAUUUUCGUACGCCCAGUACUUCGAGAAGCAAAUGUUCGUUAUUUCCAUAGGAACAUAGGAACAUCGAAUUCGAAUUCGUACGAGCACUUCAUCGCUAAGAACAGCACUCCCACGAGCAAUAGCAGCAGGAGUUUAGCAGAGACUUCCGCUGACUCUCUGACGCAGGUGAAACGUAGCAAGGCGUAUGAUAGUCCUCGAGAAGCCGAUACCCGAAAGCGGAGAAGACAAAACUCAAGGAAACGUAGCAAUUAUGAUACUAAAUGCUUUUUCUACGAUGUUGUCCUUGCUUGUACUUGCUGAUAAAUUUGAAGAGUAGAGCAGAUGCCCUGAAAAUCCUCAAGAGGGAGCAGCUACCAGAGGCUGGAUCAAAUAAUGUCAGAACCAAAUUUCUUGGUCUCAUCUAAUGAUUGUCAAAAGACGAUUACGUGCCACCUGUCAUUCGGACACGAACUCCCUCUGAAUCGAGCAGAAGUCGCAUUGUACUGCGCGCAAACUCCAGAGCACGAGCAGGACGCCGAGCGAGCGCGCCUCCACCGAGGCCUAGUGCAUCUCCAUCUAGGCGGCCAUUAUCUAGACCUUGGCCCAGUGGUUCGCCUCCACCCAGGGGAUCACCCGUGGUUAUGCGUUGUAAGUUGACCGAUCUGGCACGCAUAUUAUCUAUAAUCCCUUUCCCCCUUGAAAAGUUCACUCAAAUAGUUAAAUGCUCUCAAGGACCUUUUCAAGGGGGGACGGGAAAGGGAUUUUAGAUAAUUAUGAAAUGAUUGGUCAACUUGCAACCGCUAAAGGUAGGGGGCGCAGACCUAGCGCAUCACCUCGAGGAUCACCGCGUAGACCUAGCGCGUCUCGAAGGCCGCGACCAAGUGCAUCUCCCUCUAGACGGUCAGCAAGGCGCUCUAUUCCGAGUGCUUAGAAGGAUGAAGAGACACACCUGAGUCAGUGUUUUUGCUUUUGAGCGCUUAGAAGACGGACCCCACCUCCCUGAGUCAUUUUGAAUCGAUGAAUAUUGCAUGAUAGUUUAGACUUAUAUAUAUAUAUGAAGGGGAUACUAGUCCCACCAACGAAUGCUACAAUAGUCCCACCAACCAACUUAUAUGAAGCGUAUAGCGAAGAUAAGCGACCCGGUAAUAAGAUGUUGGAUGGCCUAGUGUUUUCUACUUACCCUAUGGCCGUAUUCUUGAUAAGUACAACUUCUAGAGACUUUCGAAGAAACGUGAUGGACGCUAAAUCGUAUCGUUUCUCUGUUACAAGAUGGAUACACCUAAUAAAUUGCAACUUCUUGAACGCAGUUUCUUACUACAGACUUCAACACGGAGAUUACAAUUACAAAGUUCAAGAAACGCUAACAAUGUAGACUUUUAUGCGCACGAAUUUUGAAAAUCAAGGAUCCGAGCCAAGUAAUCAUG